AUGUUGACAAUUUUGCCACUUUUUCUUAUCAUCUCCAUGAUUUCAUUUCAAAUUACAAAUGCCUACAAUCCGUAUAAAUAUGGACCUAUCGGUUGGGCGUUGGUGCACAAAGGCGACACUGGAGGCUAUCCUGUAAGACAAAGUGGAGGAUAUGGAUAUGGUAGAGCUACUGGAGGAUAUGGUCAGACUAGUGGGGGAUAUGGAUAUGGCAGAACCAGUGGAUAUGGAUAUGGAAGACCCAGCGGAGGGUAUGGAUAUGGAAGACCUAGUGGAGGAUAUGGAUAUGGCCAGACUAGUGGAGGAUAUGGCGGAAAUAAUUAUGCCAAUAGUUUUGGAUACCCUGCUGCUAGUCCCAACGGGUACCCUCCCGAUUAUGCACAUGGAAGACGUUGAAAAGGUUGAAAAGUGAAAAUACGAAAGACAAAUUUAGAAAGCGAGAGACAAAAUUCUGUUAAAAGAUGAAACUGGCAACCCCUGUUAUAACCUCUAAGAUUACAUUUUAUAAAAAAUUCUGUAAAAUUCUAUAUAUAGUGAAAUAGAUAAAUUAAUGAGGAUUCGAAUUUUUAGUUGUUUGUCGAGUUUUCUUGAAAUGUCGUGUUUUGUUAAAACAUUAAACUACAGUUUAAAUUUGGGUAUUUUAUUAAUAUUUAUUCUUAAAAUUAUUUGUAUAU